CGCGCUCGCCCGCCGCGCUCUGGGCGGCCCGACCGAGCGGCCGGACCUCGCGCCCCGCGCGCCCCAGCCGGCUUUUGUUGUCUCCGCCUUCUCGGCCCCGCCGCCUCAGGACCGCGAGCGGUGCGCGCCAGGACCUUGGCUCUGCCCUUCCCGGGCGGGGACUGCGCGGGGCUAGCCGGGAUCCGAGAGAGGCGCGCGCGGGCGGCCGGGGGCGCCGCCGGCCCCGCCAUGGAUCUGCGGGCCCGAGGCUGGUGGCUGCUGUGCGCGGCCGCCGCGCUCGUCGCUUGCGCCUGCGGGGACCCUGCCAGCAAGAGCCGGAGCUGCAGCGAAGUCCGCCAGAUCUACGGGGCCAAGGGCUUCAGCCUGAGCGACGUGCCCCAGGCGGAGAUCUCGGGGGAGCACUUGCGGAUCUGCCCCCAGGGCUACACCUGCUGCACCAGCGAGAUGGAGGAGAACCUGGCCAACCGCAGCCACACAGAGCUGGAGACGGCACUUCGAGACAGCAGCCGGGCCCUGCAGGCCACACUGGCCACCCAGCUGCACGGCAUUGACGGUCACUUCCAGAGCCUGCUGAACGAGUCGGAGCGCGCGCUGCAGGAGACCUUCCCGGACGCCUUCGGGGGACUGUACACGCAGAACGCCCGGGCCUUCCGGGACCUGUACGCCGAGCUGCGCCUCUACUACCGCGGAGCCAACCUGCACCUGGAGGAGACGCUGGCCGAGUUCUGGGCCCGCCUGCUGGAGCGCCUCUUCAGACAGCUGCACCCCCAGCUGCUGCUGCCCGACGACUACCUGGACUGCCUGGGCAAGCAGGCCGAGGCGCUGCGGCCCUUCGGGGAGUCCCCGCGGGAGCUGCGCCUGCGGGCCACGCGGGCCUUCGUGGCGGCACGCUCCUUCGUGCAGGGUCUGGGCGUGGCCAGCGACGUGGUCCGGAAGGUGGCCCAGGUGCCCCUGGGCCCCGAGUGCUCUCGAGCCGUCAUGAAGCUGGUCUACUGUGCUCACUGCCUGGGGGUCCCCGGUGCCCGGCCCUGCCCCGACUAUUGCCGAAACGUGCUGAAGGGCUGUCUGGCCAACCAGGCAGACCUGGACGCCGAAUGGAGGAACCUUCUAGACUCCAUGGUCCUCGUCACUGACAAGUUCUGGGGCCCGUCGGGAGCAGAGAACGUCAUCGGUAGUGUGCACAUGUGGCUGGCAGAGGCCAUCAGCGCCCUCCAGGACAACAAGGACACACUGACGGCCAAGGUCAUCCAGGGCUGCGGGAACCCCAGGGUCAACCCCCAGGGCCCUGGGCCUGAGGAGAAGCGGCGCCGGGGCAAGCUGACCUGGCAGGAGAAGCCCCCAACAGACACGCUGGAGAAGCUGGUCUCCCAGGCCAAGGCCCAGCUCCGAGACAUACAGGACUUCUGGAUCAGCCUCCCAGGGACACUGUGCAGUGAGAAGAUGGCCAUGAGCUCUGCCAGUGACGACCGUUGCUGGAACGGGAUGGCCAAGGGCCGGUACCUACCCGAAGUGAUGGGUGACGGCCUGGCCAACCAGAUCAACAACCCCGAGGUGGAGGUGGACAUCACCAAGCCAGACAUGACCAUCCGGCAGCAGAUCAUGCAGCUGAAGAUCAUGACCAACCGGCUGCGUGGGGCCUACAGUGGCAGUGACGUGGACUUCCAGGAUGCCAGUGAUGACGGCAGUGGCUCAGGCAGCGGCGGUGGCUGCCCUGACGACAUCUGCGGCCGGAGGGUCAGCAAGAAAAGCUCCAGCUCCCGCACGCCCCUGACCCACGCACUCCCCGGCCUGUCCGAGCGAGAGGGGCAGAAGACCUCGGCCGCUGGCCGCCCCCAACCCCGUGCCCUGCUCCUGCUCCUGCUCCUGGUUCUCGCGGCAGCCAGGCCCCGGUGGCGGUAACUGCCACGGCCCAGGGACGGGGCCCAGGACAGACUUUGCCAAAACGCAAAACAGGAUAUUUAAUUCCCCUUGGCCUGCAGAGGCUCGGGGCAGGACGAGGGGACAGUGGCUCUGUGUGCUGGGCAGGGUGCGUGGGGCCUCACCUGCCAGGUCCUCAGGUCAGCUGGGGGCCAGUGUCCCCAAAAGCCAUGUAUUUCAGGGACCUCAGGGACAUCUCUGGCUGCCCGUACCCCCCACCCCUCCCAAGGCCCCUGGAGGAGGUGACCCCUAGCAACGUCCCGCUGGAGACCUCGAGCGAGCCUGUGCCUUCCUCGCUGCCUUCUGCCGGGGACUCUGCUGCACCUCCCUGGCUCCACAUCAGCAAGGCCACCCCUCCGCACCCCAGGGUGUCGGGGGCCCGACCAUGCUCUGGCGGGGCCUCUGAGCUUAUGCAUGAUACCUCCCACCCGCGGGGCUCUGAAGCCAGGGCCCACCCUCCCUGUGUCGCCUCAGAGUCCCAGUGGACGCAGUCCACCUUGGGGCCGUGCCAGCACAGCCACACCCCGGCUCUGCUGUGUUGACCUUUUGCUUGUAGGUGGGGUGCUGUCCCCACCACCCAGGGAAGCAGAGGGCCUGCCCCUCACGUGGGCUCACAUACGCAGGCCUUCUGGGGCCAGGUCUGCAAGAGGAACCCCACUUCUGGGGAGUAGCCAGCCAUUCCUACCCCACCCCACCCAGACAGGAUGGCCCUGGGGCUGCAGGCCAGGGCAGCAGGGGCAGGGGCAGGCAGAGCCUGACCGUCGAGGGCUUCUCCGGCACCUGCACAUUCAAACACUUCUUUCCCUGCCCCAAGACCUGCACCUCAGUCCUCCUGGAGCCCAGCUUGGACCCUGGGGCCCUUCGGUGGCCCUGGACUGAGUGUGCCCAGCUCACUGAGGGCAUCGGGCCCAGAAGCCAGCAAGCCCUGGAGCAGGGACUGGCGUCCUAUCAGAGGGGCCCCUGCAUGGCGAAGGACGACAGGGGCGGACACCGAGUGGCCACAGCCAGGGACAGUCAUUCCGACCCACACGGGCCUGGAGAAGGUCACUCAGUGCUUCUGUGAUCUCUGCUGCUGGGCCGGGAUCUUCCCACCUGCACCAUGGGGGAGGCUCUGGGUGCUGGUCCAGCCCCUUGGCACAGGGUGGGAGACUCAAGCUGGUCCUUGGACGUGUUGGGUCAGGCCCUUGGGACCCCUGCCCUGUAAGAGCCCCGUAAGUGCCAUGCAGGCUGAGGUGGCUGGAGCAGACCCCAGCCCUGGGACAGAGGACCCAGACCUGGGAGGCAGCACUGACACUGCCCGUGAUGGCCAGGGGUGACACCCCGCACCACCCCACAUGCUUCUCUGGAAGGGGCAACCCUGAGCAGCCACUGGCCAGGGCAGUGGCCCAGCCUGCUGUGUCCUUCCUCACGAGGCCCCUGGUCACUCAGUGCCAGCAGGUCGCCAGGUCACCUGUGUCGAGUCCUGGUAUGAAUAAAAGGCUGGAGACCCACA